UCAUGGUGUACAACAUGGUGCAGACUGUUGACUGAUAAGUUAUUAAGUUACAACUUAGAAGACUACAAAACGUAACUAUAAUAAUAUAAAAUUAACUUUUAUUUAACAUUUUAGUUAUUUCAUAAUAUAAGAGAUUACUGAAAUACCAUAGAACAAUACUGUACUACUGUCUACUGUUGUCUGAUAGUAAAAACUUAUACCUAUGACGUUCGACCGAGUGGCGAGAUGACAUGACAAUAUUCUUAAAUAACACAAAAUCUAAUGAAGAUUUAACUAAACCAAAAUGGCUAACAAAGGUGGUCCUGAAACUGAAGAACAAACCAGAUUAAGGUUUCAAGUAGAACUCGAAUUUGUACAAUGCUUAGCUAAUCCAAAUUAUUUAAACUUUUUAGCUCAACGUGGUUACUUUAAGGAUCAGUCUUUUAUUAAUUAUUUAAAAUAUUUACUUUAUUGGAAAGAACCAGAUUAUGCAAAGUUUAUUAAGUAUCCUAUGUGUUUAUAUUUUUUAGAUCUUUUACAGCAUGAACCAUUUAGAAAAGAAAUAGCUACCGCUAUUUGUUCGAAAUUUAUUGAUGAUCAGUUGUUAUUGAUUUGGCAACAUUACACUAGACGGAGAACCAAAUUGAUUCAUACUGCAUAUGAGCACAAUAUGAAUAUGAUGAAUAAAUCUGGUGCAUCGAACAUUGGACAAGCACAAACUAAUGGCACAAACGGAAUCAUGCCAGCUUCUAUGCCCAUUCCCAAAGUCAUGCCUCCUUAAUUUAUCAUAAUUUAUCGUUUAAGAUUAUUUUAUAACUUAUCAUUGUAUGUAUUUUUCCACAUAUGAAAUGUGCAUUAGGUUUUUAUGUUAAUAAUACUGUGCAAAUGUAAUUAUAAGUUGUUUAUCUGAAAAUAACUUUAAGUAUUAUAUAAUAUUAUAUAUAUAAAAUGUAUUAAAUUAAAUUCUGAUUGAA